GCUGCGCCGGUGCCACAUUCGUGACCAAUCAGUUUUGGUGCUCGCUGAUGUUUGCCCCGAAUGUUGUCGGCACGGCCAACGCCACUGCAGCUGGCUGGGGCAACCUGGGCGGCGGCGUGACCCAGAUUUUUAUGAUGUCGGUGCUUUUCAAUCCUAUGGUGGCCUCCGGAAUGGAGCCGAAUGUUGCUUGGCGUGAUGCCAGCGCUCUUGCUGGUGCUUUCGGCCUGAUGAACCUUUUCGCAAGAUCCCUGGGAGGCAUUAGCAGCGAUAUUUGCUACAAGUACUUCGGCUUCCGCGGCCGCAUUUGGGCUCAGUUCCUGGCACUCUUUUUCGAAGCUAUCUUCCUGUUCAGCUUCGGAAAGGUGGACAACUCGCAGCCGUGGUACGUGGCCUUGGCAGUCUUGGUUUGCUUCUCGCUCUUUGUGCAGAUGGCUGAGGGCACCUCCUAUGGCAUCGUACCCUUUAUGAACCGGAAGCAGCUCGCAGUUGUGUCCGCGCUUGUGGGUGCCGGUGGAAAUCUCGGGGCAGUGACACUUGGCGGCAAUGGAGCGAACGGGGGCCUGUUGAUAAGGAUUGCUGGCUUCUGCUUUUACAAGCCGAUCCAGGAUGCGCUGCUGCCUUUCCAGGUUCACGCGGGCUACGUCAUGUUUUGGGCGCUGCUGAGCCCCUGCUACUACUGGUCCGAAUUUGGUGGGAUGUUCCACGGACCGGCACAGAGCUUCGAGAAGGGCAAGACCCAAAGCAGCGAGUCCGAGUCUUACACGGAGUCCGAGGCCACCAGUGAGAAUUGCAUGUACAAGGACAAUGGGGUGCUGAUCUUGGUCGAUUCCGGCGACCGGCAGGUGGAGGUGGAGAUCGGCUCAGGACUCAACGUGGCCUUCAAGCGAGAUGGCUGGCUGCGCGGGAUGAUCGACACAGGUAUUCUUCCUUCCCUGCGACAUGGGAGCUACGACGAGGGCGUCCUUGCCGGCGUGACUUCUUGCUGCCAAAAGCUGCUGGAGACUGACCGAGAGGUCUCUUCACCCGUCCGCUUCCGCAAUCGGGCAUGGCUUCUUUGGGGUUCCAGCGGGGUUUCGGCCUGGCUUGCAGCUAUGCUUCUGCUGGGCCGGACGUUUGCACGGCCGCCGAAGUGCAGUCGGUGUGGAGGCCAAAUGUCCCGGCUGCGAGAAGCAGAGGAUGCAGAGCUGCAGGAUGGGCAGAAGGCGGAGAAGGCCGUGGGUUCGGCGCAGCACGUCCUCUGCGUCUGCAAGCGCCCCGGCUGCAAGGCCUCCUGGGCGAAGGCCGGCGCCGUGCGCCGUCUCUCCGGGGACCGGCGCCUCGGGGGUGCCUUGGAGCGGACGUCGGAGCUGAAGUUGACCGGCCAGGAGGUGAAGGAGGCCGCGAAGACGGAUGCUGCCAUUGGAAUCCUGGCUGCUGACAGGUGGGCAUCACGGUACCGCACCUGCCCUGCUUGCGGCUACAGGACUCAGCUGUCCAGGAGUUUCCGAAAUCCUGUCACCGGCGUGUCGUUCAAGGAGACGUUUCGAGUCAGUGUGGUUUGCGGUUAUCUUGGGCUCCAGCCUUGGGUUCAGGAGACCGAGUGCUUUUUCUGCAACGCCUACACCUGCGUCGAGGUGCAGCCCGUCGUGACCUUGUCUGACGGCUCCACAACCGGGUCCACAACAAGCGACGUGGCUGAUGCAGGCGAGCGGCGAGUAGUAGCAACUCUUGGGGCGGUGGCAGCAGCAAUGGUGGCGGAGAAGGCGGAGACUUCUGAAGGCGAGGAGCAUAUCUUCAAUGCAGACUGUGACGGUUCGGGACGUUUGCUGACCCCUCUGCUCCACGACGUGAAGGAAGCCAUUGAAUUAGAGGGGACCGUGCCGGAGAAGCACCGUCUUCAGCACUGUGGCCAAGACGUCAACGUCCGACGCCUGAACAACUGGAAGGAAGUCGAGAGGUUGGCCGCAUUCAUCACGAUGUUCGGCCGAGGCCCAACCGAGUUGUUCCUUGGCGAGAUAGCAACAGCUAAGUAUUGGGCCUAUCUGCUGUUGGAGGGAGGGAGAUUGGAAUGGAUUGGAGUCCUGCGGCUCUGGAAAGUCGUCCUCGGAAAUGUGUCCAGCCAGCGCGCAGGCCACUGGUCGCCCCUCCGGCGGGGCUCUUCGGUCUGGGGCGGCGCCAAGGAACAGGCCCUGCUGCAACGAUUCGACGACGUGUUGGCUGCCGGACGUGCGGACACGCCUUUCCUUGUAGUUCCGCCCAACAACGAGCAGCAACUGAGCACACUCACGCGUUCUGCUUUGCAGCGCUGGCAAAAAGACUGGAAAGGCUUUGGUUUGGUUUCGAAGCUCCCGCGUGAUUGUUGGUUCUUCAGUCUGUCGAUUUUGGGAUUGAGAUCACAGGGUCGCGCCAGAAGAAGAGCAGAGGCACAGGGCAUAGAGUUCACCAAAGUUGUCAUGCAAAACUACCGAGACUGCGCCCAAGAGGCAAGCGCCCCACCUGUGAACCGUUCCGGAAGUUCCCUGUCGCCAGGCUGCUUUCAAGGCAAAGGUGAAGGAGUUCACACGCAGGAUUUCCGCAAAGCUGGUGGUCGCAGACAAGGACUACGAGAGCGCAAUGAGGCGCCAGAUGAACGCCUUGGAGGCAGCAAAGGCAUCCGCAGCAGCAGCUAUUUCUCGAAAGGAAAAGGCCUGAGGGCAGGGAGGGACAGGCCGCAAGCUGAACAGGCUCAGGCAGCUGCAAAGCAGGCCGCAGCAAUCAAGGCAGCCGAAGCGAAGAGGAAUGCAGCAAAGAAGGCAGCUGAGAGGGCAGCCGAAGCGAAGAGGAUUGCUGCACACAAGGCAGCUGAGAGGGCAGCCGAAGUGAAGAGGAUUGCCGCACAGAAGGCGGAGAAGGCAGUCAGCAACCAAGGCGCCCUCCCGAGCAAGACUGGCAAGAGCCCAGGACUGGUCAGAUACAUCGAUUCUGGGCCUGCUGCCGGCUGGCACGUAAAAGGCCGGGCCUAUCCAACUGCUAUCACCAUGUGGGUGUUGCCUCCGAAUGGUUCAGUGUGGCUCUCGCGGGUCCAAGCCCUGAAGGAGCUGGAGGAAUCAGAUCCUAAAGUCAUCGAAGCAAUCGACAGAGUCAGGCAGCACCCUGCAGUUCUCGGGGAUUGCGAAUUGGCACGAACACUGGUGCACAGUACUCGGUCUCACUGCAAAGCAGAUCAUCCCAGGCGUAGUAAAGUACAGAAGAAGAAAAGCAGCAUUACCAGGGUCAGGCGAAUCUAA